AUCCCCACCAUUCAAAAAUACUUGGAAAAAAACCCAAUCAAAAUGAGAGUAAAAACUUUCACAAUUCCACUCCAAACUAUCAUAUUCAUCACCACCAUCCUCCUCCUCUUCCCCACACACCACCAAGCCAAAAACAACCUCCCAAUCUCCGCCACCGACGCCGCCGCGAUACUCCCCCCUCUCCAAGACCUACUACUCUUCGCCGAUCAAAGGCUCGCCGCGGUCUACCCCGUGAUCCAAAGAUUUAAAAAUACCAUCACCUCUGACCCCUUCAACGUCACCGCCACGUGGACCGGCAGCAACAUCUGCCGCUACAAGGGCUUCUUCUGCGACACCCCUCCCGACAACCGCUCCGCCACCACCGUCGCCUCCAUCGACUUCAACGGCUUCCAUCUCUCCUCCCCGACGCUGGUCGGCUUCCUCGACGCGCUCCCUGACCUCGCCCUGUUCCACGCCAACUCCAACUACUUCUCAGGGGCCUUCCCCUCGUCCAUCGCCGCCCUCCCCUACCUCUAUGAGCUCGACCUCAGCAACAACCGCCUCUCGGGCCCAUUCCCAACCGCCAUCCUUGCCAUGGAUGGCCUAUCCUUCCUUGACAUCAGGUUCAAUUCCUUCUCGGGAGCCGUACCGCCAGAGCUAUUCGCGAUGGGCCUCGACCUCCUCUUCCUCAACAACAACAACUUCAUGACGCGCCUCCCGGACAACGCGGACGCGGAUGCCCACGUGGCGUAUCUCAAUUUGGCAAACAAUAAAUUCUUCGGGCCGAUCCCGCGCAGCAUAGCCAAGGCCUUAUCCGGUUUGUCGGAGAUUCUCCUUCUGAACAACCUCCUCAGCGGCUGCCUUCCCUACGAGCUGGGGCUGUUAAAAGACGCGGUGGUUUUCGACGCGGGAGGGAACGAUCUCACCGGGCCGCUGCCGUUCUCGCUGGGGUGCCUGGAGAAGCUGGAGGUGCUGAAUCUGGCAGGUAACAAAUUGUACGGACAGGUGCCUGAGCCAUUCUGUUUGUUGGGGAAUCUGAGGAAUGUGUCCUUGUCGGGGAACUACUUCAUGGGGGCGGCGCCGGCGUGCAUGAGGCUGAUCGCGGCUGGGGUGAUGGAUGUGAGGGGGAACUGCAUUCCCGGCCAGCCGCUGCAGAGGCCGGUGGCGGACUGCGCCGCCUUCAUGGCGCGCCCCAAAUAUUGUCCGUAUUCGGAUACGUAUUCCAAGAUUCCUUGUUGGAUUCCUAAGUAUGAUUCUUCUGGUUUAGCCCCUUCUCCUUCUUGAUGCUUCCUUUUCUAAUAAUUACUGUAUCAUGUUUUUGGUUUAACUAAAAUUGAAGAGGAUUAUAAUUUUAAA